CAGUGGGCAGUGAGGAGUGAGGACACUGAGGACGAUAAUCCAAACUGCGGCGUCUGCGUUGAGUGUGGGACACGUGCUGUUGUAUAACCUCGAAACAAUCGAAGGCGUUAAUUUUCUAGAAAAAUGCCAAAAAUACGUAAGCUCAAACGUCGAAAAACAUUCAAAGUGAAUAUCAAUCGAAAGAGGCUUCGUAAUAAAUUACGGAAGUUGCCGGAUAUUGGAUGCAAAGACAUAAAAAAUGCUUGGGAACAUUCAAAAUCUACAAGGAGCAAUCUGAAAGAAAUGGGGUUGGCUUACGAUGCUAACCAAGUUUUGAAGAUUCCAAACUUUAAGAAAGAAAUUUUGUCUGAAGCAAGAUUAAAAACACUAGAAAAUCUACCUGAAUCCAAGGAGGAAAACGAUGAGGAUAAAUUACCACCGAAGGGUCACGUUGCAAUGAAUUUGGAGGCAGAAGCAAAAGCACCUAGAGAACGAUUUUUCCGUUUGCCAAAUCAACAGGUCCAUUUUGUAACGUAUAUGAUGGACAAGUAUGGCGACGAUUAUAAAGCAAUGGCAAGAGACAAAAAAAAUUAUUAUCAAAUGACUUGGCGUCAAAUCAGAGCCAAAAUUAAUAGUUUCAAAAACGUGCCUGAGCAAUAUGCUGAAUAUUUAUUGAAAAAAGGAGAAAUUGUACUUGACAAGGAAGAAACUUUGGAGGAGACAAGAAAGAGAGUAGCUGCUGAAAAUGUUGCCAAGUAUUGUGCACCUAAACCAAAAAAAGUUAAGCAAACUUCACAGUGGUUAGAAGAGUCAAUAAACGAAUUCGAUACCGAAGACAAGUUGGAAGAUGUCGAUGAAGACUCUCCUGGUAAGACAAGCUCUGGGAAAAAAUUACAACUCUUCUCAGACGGUGAGAGUGAUGAUGACAAAAAGAGCAAAUCUAAAUCUACUAAAUCACAGAUUAAGGACAAUUUCAAAAAUGGUGGGAGGGACAAAAUCAAGGAAACUGAAAAACGUCAAAAAGUUGUUGAUAAUAAGAGUAAAAAGGCUAAAUAUUUAGAAAAAAUGGCGUCCAGCGACAGUGAAAGUGAAGAAGAGUUUGAAGGAAGCGACGACGAGGGUGCUGGAUUUGUAGAUUUGGAUGAUUUAAGUGAACAGGAACUUUCUGAAGACGAUAUACUUGAUGAUGGUGAAUUUGUAACUGACAGCGAUGAGGAGAGCGAUUAAAAGGAUUCAUGCUUGAAA